AUGACUAUGGGGCACAGCACAAAUCUCGAGCCCGAGAGUGUCUUAUCCCGGGCGGCUUUCCGCGGAGAUCUAGAACAGUUGAGCAUGCUCCUCGACAAUGGCGAAAAUUAUCGAUCUUGGGACAAAUCUGGGUGGACCUCACUGCACUGGGCUGUUGUUGGUGGACAUCUACAUAUCAUUCAAAAGCUUUUAGAGUACCAUUCGGAUUCUGAGCAGCCUGACCCCGAGUUGUACAGAAUGCCCUCGGAGGAGGUCAAAUCAUACAUUGAUGGGCCCCCUCCUAUUAUCCUGGCCGCUGAGGGGCGAAAUAUCGCGACAUCCAGUGAUGUGGAGAUCUUCUGGGAGCUCGCGCUUCGCCUAGAGAUCCCGGACAGAAGGCUGCGCGUUGCCAAGUUCAACGUACUGUGGGAUCAAGGGAAAUUUGAUAUCGGUCGGUCAAGAUUCUCGGCCAACCUGUGGAGGGUUAUGGGAAAGGAGCAGCAUCAUCACGGACUUGAGUCUGGAAUUCUCACACCGUAUGGACGUGGCAGCAAUGAUCUCAACAGCCACAGAACGAAUGAAUCGGAUUGGAAGUCUACGUUACUGAUGUAUGCUAUCCGUGAUAACCAGUGGUCAGUGAUGCAGAUGCUCAUCAAGGCGGGCGCAGACGUCAACCUUGACUAUGCACUUCAUGUAGCCGCCUUCCGUAGUGAUCCACGUUAUGUGGAAUGUCUCAUGCAACAUGAUGCUAAUGUCAAUUACGCAACGCUGGCCGGGCGCACAGCUCUACAUGAAGCUGUCAUGAAUGGGUUCUUGGAUACAAUCACCGCCCUCGUCAAUGGUGGGGCGGAUGUGAACCUGCAACAGGCCAAGGAAUACGGGGAAUCAUCACAGCACUUGGAUUGUCGUCUCCUCACUGAAGGCUUUGACUUCCGGUUGACCAGAAAAGGUGCAUCCCCACUUAUGCAAGCCUGUGGGUUUUUACUCGGUCGCAGCGCCAAAUUUCGCCAGGUAUAUCCAGAAGAUACAUCGCAGCUACCAGAAGACAAGACCUUAGCUAUUGUGCGAUUCCUACUGUCCAAAGGUGCAGAUCCGAUGUUGACUGAUUCCCUUGGAAUGACAGUACUUCACUACGCGGUCUUGCAACCUCAUGUCUCGCUCAUCAAGCUUCUGGUCCAGUCAGGGGCCUCGGUGGAUGCCUUGGACCACGGAGGUCAAACGCCACUACAUUACUUCGCCCGAUGUGACGAUAAUGUCAAUAUACAAGACCUCGAACAGGUAGCCUGCUUACUUUGUCGGAAAGAUGCUACGGACCUUUCGCCAAGCCUUCUCAACCUGUCAGUGUCAAGACCACCCCAUUCAAGCGAAGACCAAGACAGCGGUAUUCGUUCGCGGACUAUUAUGAGAAUUAUUCGGAAGAAUAGUCGUGGUUCGUGGACAUUAGAAGACGAUGAUUCACGCACCCCACUUGCCAUCGCUCUACUUGGUAAUCGAUGGAAAGUGGUUGGCGUCUUCAUGCGUCUUGGAGCUACCUUUCCUACCAACAUUGACUUGCAAGUCGUAUUUGACAACGCCCUCAAAGAUCUCGAACCCAACGUUCUGGAUCUUCUACUGCAAAAUGGGGUGGAGCCACCGCCAUUCGCGGUCGUGACGCUGAUCCGAGCGUAUACAGAGCACACAACAAAGAGAAAUCCUGCCAACGACCUAUACGCAAGGUUCAAAUCCAUAUUGACUACCAUAAUACAUGCGGGAGUGGACGUGAAUUUCUGCGAGACAAAUGAAAUCCCAAACAGGGAACAUGGGGUUUCAGAGAGCGGCGAGGAGGAUUCAGCGAGCGACGAGGAGGAUAUAGAGAGGAUUGCUGAGAAGACAAAGACUAAGUGUGUCAAGGAUGGUCCAAAAAUCACAACUCCUUUAAAUCUUGUUGCUAGCAUCGGCGGGUUACGCAACAUACUUGAAGAACUUCUGUCAUUCGGCGCAGACGUGUACGCUGUCUCUUCAGACGCAUUCGACCCUAUUUUGACUGCUGCAUUGUACGGAGAGUCGCAGGACCUGCAAUGUCUCUUAGAUAAAGCUUUGUCUGAUCCAUGCCAGUCCCACUGGUCAUCGUUCCUGGCAGACAUACCAGAGGAGAACGGUGCGAUUGUUCGUGUCUGCUACGGUCUGAAGAAAGCGGACGUCCUCAACAGAACCAACUAUCAAGGCCGUACGCUUCUACAUCUCGCUGCAGAGCAGGGCAAUAAUGAGCUGCUUACAACAUUGAUAUCAAACGGGGCUAGAAUCGACAUUCUUGACAAUCAGGGAACCUCUGCCAUUCACUGCGCUGCUAUUGCCGGUCAUGCAAAUGCAUUUGAAGCUCUUUACAAAUCGGCAAAUGAGGCGGAGUCUUACAAAUCUCAACGGGGCGAGGAGUUUGGAAAGCUGAGGAACAAGAGUGACCUCACCCUUUUGAAUUCUCAUCAAGGCUUGCAUGUAAUUUCGAGCGUGCUGCGAAUUGCUCCAAACUACAUCUUCGAUCGAUACUUAGGCCUCAAUAACUCACGCAGCCCUGGCACUUCAAUGGUUUAUGAAGCAGCAAAAUUAGGAAAUAGUGAGAUGCUAUCAUUCCUGCUGACUCAAAAAGCCGACAUCGAGGCUGCUGAUAACUUUGGCUGGCGACCACUGCAUAUUGCAUGCUAUUGGGGCCGCAUAAAAACCGUCCAAGAUCUCAUCGCCCAUGGUGCAAAUGUACAUUGUGUCACCCAGGAGUGGAAUGACAAUUUUGACAAGCCUUCGGGUCUAUACUUGACUGACUCCUGGACCGGCACGCCUCUUCACCUCGCCAGUAUGGGCGGUCAUGUAGAUAUUGUCCAAAUAUUACUCGACCUUGGCGUUGAUGUCCAUGCAAGCACAAAGACAGGCAAGAAGAUAUUCUUUUGUACCCCGGGCCAUGGUCCGACCGCACUUCACCUCGCGCUCGAUACGGAUAAAUACUACGCUCGUCAAGGAGAUGUGCUCAGUGAGGAGAGGCUGAGAAUUGCGCAGUUGCUGGUCAAUGCAGGUGCCAUGGUACAGGGCGUGGUUAGUAAAAUGACGGCGGAGGAGAGACUUCGGUUCCAUAAUUUUCCUAUUCUUUGGGAGGCUCUUGUCGCAGAGGACACAACCCCCGAUGAAGGGGAUGUCCAGGUCAAGGUGUGA